UUUGAAAAUAACUAGAAUGGCUUCAUUCAAUACAUUCAUCAUGGCCUUCUUCAUGGCUCUCACAUUUUCAAGCCUGGAAAUAAGCCUUGCAGCUCGUCAUCUCCUGCAGCAGUUGCCACAACCACAACUGCCUCCAUUACCUACUCUGCCAACAGGGCUUCCACCAUUGCCAUCUAUUCCAACUCUUCCACAGCCCACAAUUCCGACCAUCCCCACAAACCAACCAUCUCUGCCUCAGCCAACCAUUCCUACAAUCCCAACUAACCAGCCAUCUUUGCCUCAGCCUUCCCUUCCCAAGCCUGGUGCUCUGCCUCCACUUCCCAGCAUCCCCUCAUCCCUGCCUACCCUUCCAAAAGUCACUCUGCCACCGCUGCCCUCCAUCCCUUCUAUCCCUUUCCUCUCCCCACCACCAGCUAAUUAAAAACCAGUCUUGAAAUUGUUGUCUUCUGUCCCUUUUUAUGUACACAUUGUCUGGAGAUACUAGUUUUGAUGUGCAUUACCUGUUUCCAUGGCACACCAUUGCUUUUAUGAUUAGCAAUAUGGAGUUGAUUAGUUUGUGGAUGCCGAUUCUACUUUUAUAGAUGUAUUUGUUCCUUCUUUACUACAUGUUUGUUUAUGGAAAUUGAAGAGUGUGUGGUUCGGUGUAAUAUUUGAGACAUACAUGGGGCUAUAUAUGUUAUUGUUAUAAUUGUUAUGUUCAGAAAUUCUCUUUGCACCUUCUUUGUUCUCUUUGCUUUUAUACCUAUUUAAUUUGCAUAUAAGUAAAAGAAACUGCAGACAAGCAC